GUAAGGGUAUAUAGCCAUACCUUCCCUACUUCCUUUUUCCGGUUGAUUCUUGUUUAGAAGGUAGUCAAAAAUGGCUAUCCGUCCCCUUACAAAACGGACAUGUGUCAAGAAGAGGACAAAAAAGUUUAUCAGACAUCAGUCUGAUCGGUACCUCAGAGUUAAGUCAAACUGGAGGAAACCUAAAGGUAUUGACAACAGAGUUCGUAGAAGAUUCAAGGGCCAAUAUAAAAUGCCAAAUAUUGGUUAUGGAUCUAACAAGAAAACAAGACAUGUCAUGCCAGAUGGAUUCAAAAAAUUCCUCAUUCACAACGUUAAGGAACUUGAGGUACUGUUGAUGCAGAAUAGGACAUUUGCUGCAGAAAUUGCCCACAACGUGUCCAGCAAGAAAAGGAAAGACAUUGUAGAGCGUGCUCAACAACUUUCCAUCAAGCUAACUAAUCCUAAUGCCCGAUUACGGUCUGAAGAUGAUGAAUAAGCAUCCAAUAAAGGGGAAAAAAGCGAA